UUUCAAAACUGCAAGCGAGAGAUAGAGAGGGAGAGAGAGAGAGAGAGAGAGAGAGAGAGCAUGGCGUCGAGAGGGGGAGGCCUCAAGGGUUACUACAGGCAGAAGAAGAGCAGCGGCAGCAUCGGAAAAGCAGCUACAACGGCGUCAAAGGCGAAGCAGGGCGUUAGUUUGGGCGCCCCUUCACCACAACCGGCUGCCUUGGUCACAUCCUCCGGCGGAUCCCUUGACCUGAGAGAUGAUGUUAAUCAGGACGAGGAGAUCCUUAGGCAGUUUGAUCUGGACAUGAGCUUUGGACCGUGCCUUGGGAUUAGCAGAAUGGAGCGCUGGGAACGAGCUGAUCGCCUAGGCCUGAACCCACCCAAGAACGUGGAGAGCCUUCUGAAAGCAGGCAAUGCAUCCCUUGAUUGCCUCUUGGAAGGGCGCGUUUAGAAUCAUUGUCGGUUCCACGUUUUCACUGUGAAAAAAAAAAAAAGAAAAAGGAAAAAUCUUUGAUGGGCAGUGGGUUUCUGCUGGUAUCAGAGAAAAGCUUCCACGAAUGUAAAAUGUUAGCUUCUGCUGUUCUUCUUCUUCGUGAAGAAGUCUCUGCAACCUUGCUGGUGACUUUGUAAUGUGGUUAUCUAGCCGUUUCCCUUUAUCCUACUUAAAUUUGGCGUUUGAUUCGCAGUUUCCCCUA